AUGCAGUUGAUCAGAAUGGACUUUGUGGUAUUUAAAAUGAUAUAUAUCAUUGCUUUGUCCCUGAUGGGAUUAGUUGUAAAUUCGAAAGAAAUUUCCGAGUUCAAAUUACCGACUAAUUUUAAGCCCAUCAGUUAUCGAUUAAACGUGACUACGCACUUGGAGAAUAAAUUCAUGUUUGAAGGACUGAUCGAUAUUCAAAUUACCUGUGUAGAAGUUACGGACACCAUAGUUUUGCAUUCAAACAAUUUGAAAAUCGAUAAAAAAAAUGUAGUGGUGGUCAACAGCAACGAAAAUGUCAUUCCGGUGGCUAAUGUGUCGUUAUAUCCGCGGAAAGAACUUUUGUACGUCAAGUCAACCGAAAAAUUUAAGCUCGGUAACGAAUACGUGCUGACCAUACCAUUUUCAGGAAAUAUCACCGACAAUUUAAUGGGUUAUUAUAAAAGUAGUUACGUGGACAAGAAAAACAAUCAAACGAGAUGGCUUGCGGUAACACAAUUCGAACCGGCAAGUGCUCGCAGAGCUUUCCCAUGUUUUGAUGAACCUGCAUAUAAAGCUAAAUUUAAGAUAAUAUUAGGUCAUAAAAAAGGAUUGAAUUCGAUUAGUAAUAUGAAAAUGAUAAAAGAAAUACCCAACCCAUUGAAACCAGAUUAUGUUUUCGAUGAAUUUGAAGAAUCUGUACCCAUGUCUACUUAUUUAGUUGCAUACAUGGUAUCUGAUUUAGUAUACACGGUAUCUGAUUUAGCAAACAUGAUAUCUGAUUUUUCAUACAUUGAAUCGGACAGUCGGGAAGACGAAGUGAAGUUCCGUGUUAUAGCCAGAAAGGACGCAGCCAAUCAAACAAUGUUUGCUCUAAGUGUUGGAUCGAUGGUGUUAAAGUACUACGAGGAUUAUUUUGAUGAACAAUUUCCGUUAUCUAAACAAGACAUGGUGGCCUUACCUGAUUUUUCUGCCGGUGCUAUGGAGAAUUGGGGUCUUGUCACUUACAGAGAAACUGCAUUAUUAAUUGAUCCGGACGAGGGUACGUUAGAUGACGGAUACAGAGUAGCCGAAGUUAUCGCUCACGAACUUGCUCACCAAUGGUUUGGUAAUCUCGUUACCAUGAAAUGGUGGACCGACCUUUGGUUAAACGAAGGAUUUGCCACAUACGUGGCAGCGCGUGGAGUUGAUUUUCUGUUUCCCGAAUGGAACUCUUUCCAAAUCAAUACCAUUCAAAACUUUUUAGAUGUUUUGAAUUUUGAUUCCCUUCAAUCGUCCCACCCCGUGUCAGUAGAAGUUGGACAUCCCGAUGAAAUAGCACAAAUUUUCGACACAAUUUCGUACACGAAGGGUUCAUUUUUAUUGCACAUGAUGAACAAGUUCUUAAGCGAAGAUACAUUUAAACAAGGUAUUAGGAGUUACAUAAACAAGCACAAGUUUGCCAACGCUGAACAAGAUGAUUUGUGGAAUUCAUUGACGGAAGAAGCUCAUCGCCAAGGAACUUUGGACAAAAAUCUCACCGUGAAACAGAUAAUGGACACAUGGACGUUACAAACCGGUUAUCCCAUAUUGAAAGUCAUAAGGGAUUAUUCGGCGGACACGAUUACGUUGUCACAGGAACGGUUUUUAACGAUUAAAUCAAACGGCACUGACAAGAAAAGCUGUUGGUGGAUACCGCUCACUAUGACUACUUCUACGAAGUCCGAUUUCAACCAGACGAAAGCAAAAUCAUGGUUGAAUUGUGAAAACAACAACCUCACCAUCCCAUUGUCUAAAGAUAACGACUGGGUUAUAUAUAACAUGCAAAUGGCCGGUUUAUUCAGAGUUUUGUACGACACACGAAACUGGAUGGGUAUCGUUUCCACGUUGAAUGAUCCAAACGAAUAUCAAACUAUACACACAUUAAAUCGAGCGCAGUUGAUCGUCGAUUCGCUUAGCUUUUCACAAAUUGGUGAUUUGGACUAUAGAAUCACAUUUAAACUGUUGAAAUAUUUAAAACACGAAAAAGAAUAUGCACCGUGGUUGGCUGCGUUAAGCGGUUUGAGCUCAAUAAAUAAAUUAAUGAAAAGGAGUCCAAACCAUAAGGUGUUCCUAAACUACAUGCAACGUCUGCUGUGGCCUAUGUUCAACAAAGUCCGAAAUAUUACCAUCAAGCUUAAUGGUUUUGAAGAAGUACGAUUUAAAAAUCUUGUGAUUUUCGAAGCCUGUCGUUACCAAAUUAAGGAAUGUACCAAACAAGCUCUCGAUUUAUUUAACAAGUGGAUGAAUACUACAGACAUAGACAAAAAUAAUAUAUUGCCUGCAGAACUGAAACGUGUAAUUUAUUGUCAAGGAAUAAAAAACGGAGGUGUAGAUGUAUGGGACUUUUUAUGGGAACGUUAUCAGCGUUCCAAUGUCGGAUCAGAAAAAGAAAAUAUACUCUUAACAUUAGGAUGUAGUUCAGAAACUUGGUUACUUAACAGAUAUUUGAAUUGGUCACUUGAUAAUUCUAUUAUUCGCAAGCAAGACGCUAUCACAGUUUUCUAUUCUGUAGCGAGUAGUGACAUUGGAUUUUAUGUAGCAAAAGACUUUUUGUAUCGGAAAAUCGCUAGUAUAUCUGAGUAUUAUCAAAGUCAAGGCACUAUUCUGGUCGAAUACUUACAAAUUAUAAGUUCUCAAAUGAAAACUAAAAAAGAAUUAUAUGAGAUACAAUCAUUUGUUAAUAAAUCUUCAGAUUAUUUAAAAAGUGCUAAUUUGACCAUCAAUCAGAUAUUUGAGUCUAUUAAGAUAAACAUUGGAUGGAUUUCAAAGUUUUAUCAUAACAUUAUAAUGCACAUGGUAUAAUAAUUAACAAUGUUAA